ACAGAGUACGGUGUGAGCGUCCCGAGUGCAACGCUAUGCAACCUGGAGUAGUGGGUCCUGCGGGAAGCUAUACAUAACACGCAACACAACCGUUCGCUCACGUGUCAACAGUACGCACGAGCCUGAAUCGGAGAACCUAGGUGGAGGGAUCGGCCGGCCGUGUCAGCGAGAAGCCGGAUAGCGGAGGAGGCAGCCGGCUGUUCUGUGGAUGAACGACGGAGGGACAGGUGGAGAAAAUGCGGGGACCGCGAACCGUCGGUACGUACGACGUCGUUCGGUAAGCCCUCGAGGAGUGAAGGGGGAGGCGUGUAGUGGCGCUUCGAGUGAUAGGGGAAAUCAGUUGCCGUACGAAAUCCACCGCGGUUACACGUGCGUGCGUGAUGUUAUUGGUCUUCAUCACACCUCUGCAUAGUACGUUGUGUGUACAUACAUACAUACAUUCAUUCGUAUCGAGACGUCACUGACUGAGGGGAACAUCGUAUAUAUUCUUUUUCACGUAAUGUGUCGGGCGACCUUAAACGCCGAUAGAAAACUCUUGGACACUCAGUUCAUGUUAUAUCUAUAGAUGAACAAUAAAUAAUCAUGUGAGAUGUACGUCACCCCGAAUGCAAACUGAUACAUCAAUUUCGCGCUCGAAAUACACGUAUCGUUUCAUAAUUAUACCAAAUUAUAAUAUUUACGUGAUUGACAUACAUAGAGUAAAAACUGGAAAUAAAACAUUAAAUAUUGCUUAUGCUUAUUACGAUAUCCUCGGAAUCUCUACUGUACCUAUAUCAUACGUAGUUGAUAAUAAAUGAAUAAUAAAUAAAAGUAUAAUAAAUAAAUAGACAUAUAUAUUGUAAACUCUUGGCGAGCGUAUUUUUCAAACUGUACGACGCGCGGUGGCUCCUUCGGCAGAUAAAAUAGACUCGUUCGAAAUAUUGAUACUAACUUGGCGAUAAGCAGCGCGAGGAAAAAGAGAUAAAGCGAAACACGUAGGAGCCAAUCAGGAGGAAAUCGUUUCUGUUGGCCCGCCGAUACGACUCCGCUGAAAGGAUGCUGGACUCCGAACAACAGGCCAAUCAGAUUCAAGCGUUGGCUUCGCUUGACCAUGACUGGCACCUACUCGAGGGCGUGAAAAUGAGACUUGAAGAAGAUUUGGUAAUACGGCGAAGUCGGCCGACGAUGAUUUCGGCGAAAUAUAGAGCUCGUGAGGAACGGCGUCGUUUGUUGAAGAUAUCAGCUGCUAAACUGCGACGUAUAGAAGAUCCGGAAGCGAGUCUUUGUCGAUCUGUAUUGAUCAAUAACGCAGUCAGAAGAUUGCAGAGGGAAAAUCGUGAUGAGAAAUCGAGGAGCUACGGGGUGUCUGUUAAUUUCUUGGAUGAUUCAUCGAAGGAAAAUAGCCUGAGUGGAAAUAUGAAUGUAGAUAAUAUAGACAAUGAUUUGCUGCAAAAGAAACGUUUGGGCGAUGACGACGUGGAUAUGUCCCUUAGCCACAAUUCAAGUCCGAAAAAACAACGCCACGACGAUUUGGAUUUCCCAGACGACGUUUUUAGCGAUUUUUACAUCCUACCACCGACGCCUAGACUCUUAUCUCAUAUCGAUGACGUGUUACCUGAUAUUGAUAGUAUAAACGAUCUUUCGAUUAAUAACGGCAUGGAUGGUGUUGAAAACCGUUUGAACAUUAACAUUGACUCGUUAAACUCUAGCAAAAGCCGGCUAAGCUUGUCUGACAGCAGUUGUCAAUUCCUAAACGAUAUUGCCGAAAGUUCUUUGAACUGCAAUGAGAAUCCAUUGAGGACAUCGGACAGCCGAUUAUUCUCCACGGAAUCUUGUAUGAUGGAUGUUAUCGACUGUCAGGACGUAUGCGACGACGAGAGGAUCACCGAAUUCGCAAGGUUCCCCGAACCUACGAAAACCCUCGAAGAGCGACUUAUCGACUUUCAAUCCCUCGACGAACAUUACGACUUGUCAAAGUUCGAACGCAGCAACAGUCAAACCUGCGGCCGAGCCUUCCACGAUAUACAAACAUUUCAUAGUCUCGUACCAGGCUUGGAAACAUAGGAAAAAUAACGCAAUACCUAAAAUACAAAUACAUACAUACAUACAUAUAUAUAUAUAUAUAUGUGUGUGUGUGUGUGUGUGUAUGUAUACGUGUAUAAUUUUUAUUUGUAUGCAAUGAUAAGUAUAAUGAUUAUAAUCACAGUUGUAUUCAAACUGUAUACAUGCUAUACAAAGUUUAUACAAAAGGGGUUGUUGUUCCGAUGAGGAGUAUAGUUUCUCUGUGCAAUCGUAGUUCAUUUUGUUUUUGUUUUUUCCUCUGUUGAGUCGUUCUUUUUUCAAUUCUUUACUCGAAACUGGUUAAAAUAUUCUCGCAAUGGCAAUUCGGUUAUUGCUACUUACAUUAUCUCUAUAUAUCAGUUGGACUUUUUUUUUUUGAUCAAUCUGUUUUACAUACCUAUAAUAUUAUACAUGGGGAAGUGUACAUAACACGCACAAAGAGAAGAUGAAAAAAAGUGGAAACAAAAACACUUCUACGACGUAAACUUGUAGGUUGCGUUAUAAUUUUCGUUCGUUUGAUUUUUUUGCAAAUUUAUUUUAUUUUAUUUUAUUUAAACUAAAUUCAUGCCGUCCAUUGGCAUGGUAAUUUCUUUGCGAGAUGACGUCUCUGGCAUAAACAAUCGUACAUGUGUAUACUGUACCUACACAUAUUGUUUGUAUAUACAUAUAUUACAUAUAUUAAAACAAAACGAAAACAAAAAUACACAAAAAUAAAAAAAAAAAAAGCAAACGAAAAUACUUUUUUAAAUCAUGUUGAAAUACAAAAUGUAUAUUAAAAUAUUGGUGAGUGAAUGGGAAUAAUUUACGAAUGAGGAAAGAAUAUAAGACGGAUUUGGUGAGAAAUCGUUGUACAUAAAUAAAUAUAACGCUUCUUACAUAUUUCGAUUUAUUUUAAACAAUACCAUCUAAUAGACUUAGGAUUAUAUUUUAAUAUUGUUGUCUGUAUUGUUCCAUUAAUUUUAACGUUAACUCAUUAAUUAUUUCCAGAAUGUAUUUGAAAUUUAUGUAAAAUUUUUUCGUUUGUUCUAGAAAGUGUAGUAUUGAAUUAUAUAUUCAAAAUUAUCGAUCGUUUUUUUUUAAUUAAUUUACCGGUUGGUAUUUUCUCUUUAUUUUUUUUUCGUGCACCCACAAUUGCUUGUCUGUUUAUUUAUACCAAUAUCAUCUGAUAAUGGCAUGCGGCUGAGUACUAAGAGCUGAAUAGACAUUCUGUUAUCUCGCGUAAAAAACAAAAAAAAAAAACAUUCGGAUUUAAUGUAUCGCCUGUAUUUAAUAUUAAAAAUUUUGUACUUAAGAACUGCAAAUUAUAAAAAAAGAGGAACAUGUGCGGCCGUUUUCUGAUAAUGUUGAUGUACAGUACAACUGCAACAUACAUAUUCAUAUAUCAAAAAAAUUUCACAUACGUUAGUUGCGGCUGCUGCUAUUACUAUUACGAUUAUCAAUAUUAUUAUUAUUAUUAUUAUUAUUAUUAUUAUUAUUAAACUUUCCGUUUUUACCUGCAUUAAAUAUUUCGGUGCAGAAGAACAGCUAGACAAAAUAUAAAUAUAUGCCGUAAUAUUUUCUGCUUAUAUUACCAUUCUAAAUCGACUUUCAAAAAAGGAAGAAAAUUAAAGAAGUGCUUUGGCUGUAUUGCACAGAAUAGUUUUUGGUGUUAAAUUUUGGCUCGUAUUUAGAAACGUUUAAAACAACAUUGUUAUAUGCUGUUGAUUAUUUUGUUCUGUUGAAUAAAUGUUUUUUUCCAUUAUCGAUUUAUCGGAAAAUUUCGACAUUGACCAAAGUGAGCAGUAUCUAAAGUAGACUUCCAAGCUUCCAGUUAGUGCCCAGGCUGUGGUUAGCAUGGCUUUGAUACGCCAAGUUUCGUCUGAAUGUUUUACAAAUUUAAAAAAAAGAACAAAAAUUUUGUAAAAUUAUACGAACAAAACAAAACAUAAUAUGGCAAAGAAAUUUAACAAAGUGGCCCAAUAUUGUGUAAAUAGCUAUAUAUUAGCCCAUAUGUUUAGUAGUUAUGUAUAAAAUUUCGUACGUUGUGUAAGUUACAGGUCUAGUUACAUGAAAUCAGUUACCAAUUAUACGAAAAAAAAUUCGAAUAAAUCUAUAAAAUAUUA